AGCUGCAUUUAUAAAAGCACUUCAGAAAUGUAUAAGAAAUAACAUGCCUCACAAUUUAUUGCUCAUCGGAGAAGAGGAAACAGAGUCAGAGCCAGAACUGGCUUUCAGUGUUUGUAUAAUGCUCCUUUACGUAUCUUUUUCAGUAAAAUUGGAGGGAAAUAGUUUAAUGACUGGAUUCUCCAGUAUUUUGUUUUCUCAAUUAAGUUCUGUCCCCACUGGGAACUUAAGAAAGCAGAUCUGAUAGACCGAUGCGGGUUCCACUUGGAUUUCAUCAGCUCUGUAGCAAGUUCCUCCACAAAAAUGUUUGUUGACUUGAGUGAGAUGACUGAGAAAAUGAGGAAAUAACUAGUGAGGGGUAAAUGUAUGUGUAUUACAUGGCCAUAGAAAAGAUGAAAGAGAAAUGUGAGGCUGAGAAUUAGAACAAAAUCAGCCUUUCUUGAAGCAAGGCGUUUUAACUUCAGGUGUUAGACAAAGGCAGAACUGAGAUUAGAAUAAGAAUUAUGUGGGAGCUGGAGAGAAUGAAAUCCAUCACUAUUCCAAGAGGACAGUUUUCAUCAGAGUAAAGAGAAUGGCUGCUGAUCCAGGCCAGUAUGUGGAAAUGAAACCAGGAAGUCAUGUGAAGGGCCAUGUGAAGCUCCUGCAUACCAGAAAUUUGCUAAGAGAUUGCUUCACCUAAUUUCAGAAAUUGAGAAGGGAUAAGUGGAAGGAGAAAAUGCUGGGCUGGUGCCAAGCGAUAGCUCGUAACCCUCACAGACUACCAAACAGCACAAGAACACCCGAGGUCUCAGGUGAUGCAUCGCAUAACUCUACUCUGAAUGACAAAUCCCCAGGGCGUUCCACGAGUCGAUCAAGUAAUAUUUCAAAGGCAAGCAGCCCUACAACAGGAACAGCUCCCAGGAGUCAGUCACGAUUGUCUGUCUGCCCUUCCACUCAGGACAUUUGUAGAUCUACUACUUUGCAUGAUCUGUCAGAAGAUGAACUUGAACAUGCAACCCCAGUCAUGGUGCUGACCCCUUCUAAUAGGGAGUCUGGUAAGAAACAAGUGAAACGAAGGUUUAGGCGGAAAAGAGAGACUGGAGACAAUGGUGAGCAUGCAGAAAAGCAAGGAAAGGGGAAAGACUGCAAAUUACAUCCCGAGGCUGCAAAAUCCAGCUGGAAUGCAUCUGAUUCAUCAUCGUCCUCAGAUGAAAGUCAGUGGGCUCAGGCUAGGAGGAGAGCAAGGGAAAAAGCCAGAAUGUCCAGGAGAGGGAGAAGGAAUAAGGGAUCAUGCAGUAACCAGGAUGGGUCUUCAAAUGCUGUUGAACUUGUCACUCUGGAGACAGCGGGGAAAAAGAAGCAGGACAUAUCUGACCCCGAGAAUCCUACUUUAAAUCAUCGCAGAAGAAGGAUUCCAAGGCUUAAGGAAUCACAGUCUUCAGCAUCGUCUCAGGAAGCAAGGAUUUCCUCACGAAAAUGUGGAAAAAGCAAAGGGAAAAGCUAUUGCAGAGAUGGGCAACCUGCAUCUUCGUGCCUCGGGCGCAGUAAAGACAUCAAGGACUGCUUUGCGGAGGCAGGCUCUGGCAGUGAUGCUCUGGCUGCCCCAGACAGUGGAGCACCUUUUGGGGCAGGGCCCGCAGUGACUGACACUGGUCAGAAGCCUCCAGUGUUGUAUGAUGACUGGUCUGAUGAUUUAGAAGUAUGCAGGAUCUGUCACUGUGAGGGAGACGAUGAAAGUCCCCUCAUCACGCCGUGCCGCUGCACGGGGACCUUGCGCUUUGUGCACCAGGCCUGCCUGCACCAGUGGAUUAAGAGCUCAGACACGCGCUGCUGUGAACUCUGCAAGUACGACUUCAUAAUGGAGACCAAGCUCAAACCUCUUCGGAAGUGGGAAAAACUACAGAUGACGACAAGUGAGAGGAGGAAAAUAGUUUGUUCAGUCACAUUCCAUGUAAUUGCAAUUACCUGUGUUGUCUGGUCAUUGUAUGUCUUAAUUGAUAGAACUGCAGAGGAAAUUAAACAAGGCAAUGAUAAUGGUGUCCUCGAAUGGCCGUUUUGGACAAAACUCGUGGUGGUGGCCAUCGGAUUCACAGGAGGCCUCGUCUUCAUGUACGUGCAGUGUAAGGUUUAUGUUCAGCUGUGGCGCAGGCUGAAAGCCUACAACAGAGUGAUCUUUGUUCAGAACUGCCCAGACACGGCCAAAAAACUGGAGGAGAAGAACUCUUCGUGCACUCACAGCUCGGAUGUCAAGGAUGCCGUGGUGGUGCCAGUAGCACAGACAGGUACAAACUCUCAGCUGGCAGCUGAAGAAAUGACAUCUGAGGUCAUGCCAGUUUGACAGAGACAGCACUGUUUCUUCCUUGCAGAAUAAGGCAUAGUGUUUUCUACACUACAAAUGCUGAAAGAGAGUAGAAAGGACUGUGCAUUUUUUGAGUAAAAACACAAAACACAAAUCCCCAUGAGGAAAAUGGAUCCAGCAAAGCAACUCGUUACUGUAUGGAGUGUGACCAUUUGUGAAGUAGUUUCUCAACUAGUCAGCGAGUGUAGUGACAGUGGAAGUGUAGAAAGUGCAAUAGAGAACAGGUUUAACAGACAAUGCCAAACUCAUGUGACAAGAUUAUUAUUAUUUUUUGUAACAAAAGAAGAUUGGAUGGCUGGGCUAGUAGACACAGACCUGCUAUAACCAUUUUGUUUACAGGAAACAAAACCAAACCUUUCACCUGUUUACUACUGAAAGUUGUAUUUGCUAUUUACCUUCCUAAAGAUGCACUUCAAAAGUGUACCAGACAAGAGAUAUGCAUUAGGAGAGCUGAAGAGCUGUACUGCAGUGUGCACUCCUUAUGAAGUAACAGAUGUUUGUGUGACUCCAUUGGAGCCCGUGUGUUUGGGCAGCUGUGUCAACUGAGGAUAUGUGAAACAUUCGAAGGGCAGCACUGUUUCUGAAUAUGCCUGAAUUUUUGACAAGUAGGCAGUUCCAGCCAGUAUGAACUCAUGUCUCCAUAGGCUACAGAUAUGUAACUGCAGCUGUCAGCAAAGCAGCAAAACAGGAAGGAGAAAAAUAGUAGAUCAUGUAUUUAGAGCGGCAGCUCAGCUGUUUAUUUUAUUUUGUAAGAGUGAAUUUGAUUUAUUUUUUUUUUCCUAAAUAGGAUAUAUGAAUUUUUGAGGCAAAACUAUAAAUUAAAAAUGCAUGCAAAACCAUAGAAAUUGCUAUUGGCAGAGGUCUGAGAAAGGAUUACACCGGGAAGAUGGAAAGUAUUUUUCAUCUCAAGCUUGUAAGAUUCGUGAUACAGAAAGCUACACAGGAAAGGGUAUAAGCAGGUGUCUUAAAGGAAUGUUAGCUCUUAUUCCCCUGUUCUGCAAAGUUAGUUUUUAUCUUCCUGACCGCAGAAAUAAACCACUGGUUUCUCUCUGUACAGGUAAACUUGAAAUGUUAGAUAUUCAGCAGUUCAGUUGUUAAUUUCAUGUUUUGAGCAUUCUCAUGUAAGAAUGAAGUGCAGAUAGCAUUAAAGGGUGCAGUAGGUAAAAUGAAUGUAGAUGUAAUAUUGUGUCUAACAGGCUGAA